AUGUGUAAUCUGCGGAAAUUGUGGUCAGACCUGGUGAAAUCGAAAAAUAAUUGGACAGGCAGAAGACCAAGGGAAAUCGACGGUGGGGAGACCUCCGUUUUUCCGGUGAAAUGUGAAAAUCAGCGAGAUGAGCUUCUCGAAAUUUUAGGGUUCCGACCAAGUGAAUUGAGGUUUUUGAUCGAGACGACGGACUUUCACCAUUUCCUUCCCUAUCACGGCCCAAACCAAGAACUGGUUCAUCCCUUCUCGUUUAACUUAAGUCUGCAGCAAAAAGAAGAGCUAAGAUCUGAUGGUGGGUUGCUGGGUUCUAAUCCCUUCGUCACGAUUGACUCGACCUCCAAAAGGCCUAUACUCGCUGAAAUUCAAGAUUCAUAUCCAGAUUCAGCAGCCUUAAGUUUCGGGAUUGCCGAACGUUAUGCCAGGCUCGAAAAGAUCCUGAAGCUUCUGGGGUCCAAAUCGAUUGAGGAACAAGGCGAUUCGAUCGAUUUAUCCGUGCUGAAUGGUCUGACAGGACUUAGAUUACCAAUCAAGGAUUUAUCUCAGCAUGCCUUUGCUGCUUCUUUCUCCUCAUUGUGCUUUAGUGAUGGCCAGCUUUUGCACGAUCUUAUACACCCAACAAGGGAACUCUGCCUCAACGAGCCUUUGUUAGGACAAGUACCGUGUAAUUGUAUUAGCACUGAGAUGAGUGACUUCUUUUCAAUUAUUACCGAAAUUUCCUCGUUCAAGAAUACAACUAAGUCUAGUAGCCAGACACUGCUGGUCCCUUACUUUGAGAGGAGGAGAAGAGCACGCGUCAAUACGGAUGCAUCAAAGGUCUCUGCAACCGAGACAGCUGUCCUAAAGAGCCCUUAUAAAUUGAAGGAAAAGGCACCACAGAAGAAGAAAACCAACAGCAAGUCCGUAAAAGAGAGAGAGGUCUACAACAAUAGCUAUCUUCAUGCAUGCGAAAGCCUUUUAUCCGUCAUAGUCGAUCGACAGCAAAAAGGAAAGAACACAUUGCUCUCCUUGAAAAAAUCGGGCUCUCAGUUGACUCAUUUUUUGACCAAAUUAUCGGCCAGUAUAGCCGGAGCAGGAAUUGCAGUCGUUUUAUCUGCUUUAUGCAGGGUUGCUUGUAGUCGAGUGCCCUUUUGUUCGUCAAAGGUUUUGAGUACUGGGCUGGGCCUAGGGCUCGUUUGGCUCUCGUGGGCCGUGAAUAAACUGAGGAUUACGGUUAUAACUAUUAGCAAGAGUUCUGGUAAGGUUGGUGAGAAAGAAGAUGAGAUGAUGAUGGGUGAUCUUGACAGAAAUUUGAAGGAUAUUUACUUAAGAGUAGCUGCAUUGAUGGCUGUUGUGGUGUUGAAGGUGGCUUGA